AUGACGCCAAAACCGCCGGCAGGCCACUUCAACAUUCUGUACUUUGCCAGCGCUGGCUCAUACACAUCCAAGAAUGUUGAGGCCUUCCCAGCGCCGCUACCGCUGAGGAAGCUGUUCGCCAUGCUCGAGGAGCGGUACAAUGGCAUCCGGAAAAGCGUGCUUGACCACAGCUUGGUCACCAUCAACUUGAAUUAUGUAGACGUGCCAGCUGACAAUGCUGAGGCUGGACCGGACGAGGUGAUGAUUCAAGAGGGCGAUGAGGUUGCUAUUAUCCCGCCUGUUAGCUCGGGGUAG